AUGUGACGCAAGGUACGUGCUAAUGCUAGUGAUGCUAAUGGUAAUGGACCCGGAAAGGUAAGGCAGCAACUCCGAAGAUGGCCGGGGUGUUCGAUGUGGAGGUUGAUGGUGUGGAGCACGACCAUGGACUGGGGCAUCAUGAUGAACCGCAGCAGUUCGAUGUGUCCAAGCUUUCACCAGAAGAGAAGUGGAGGGUGGAGCACGCAAGAAUGCAUGCAAAACAUAAAGGCCACGAGGCCAUGCACGCAGAGAUGGUGCUCAUCCUCAUAGUCACCCUUGUCGUCGCACAGCUAGUCCUUGUGCAGUGGAAACAGAGACAUCCAAAGUCAUACAAUCUAGUGACUCUGUUCCAGAUGUGGGUAGUUCCUCUCUACUUUACCACUAAACUUCACUGGUGGAGAUUCCUGAGCACGUGGUUCAUCUUUUCAGUCAUCACAGCGUACGUCUCCUACCGUGCCACUCGCAAGCCUCUGGCCUGCACCACACCGAGGUUGGUGUACAAGUGGUUCCUCCUCCUGUACAAGAUCAGCUAUGCCACAGGAAUAGUUGGCUAUGCUGUCGUUAUGUUUACACUGUUCGGUAUAAACUUAAUAUUCAGGAUAAAGCCGGAGGAUGCAAUGGACUUUGGUGUUUCACUCCUUUUCUACGGGCUGUACUACGGGGUUCUAGGGAGAGACUUUGCAGAGAUGUGUGCAGACUUCAUGGCUUCAACCGUUGGGUACUACAGUGCAUCUGGCAUGCCAACAAAGCACCUCUCUGACGAUAUCUGUGCCGUGUGCGGUCAGCCUAUCCUCGUAGAUGUCAGUGAGGAGGGGAUUAUCGAAAACACAUACAGAUUAUCAUGCAACCAUGUGUUCCACGAGUUCUGCAUCAGAGGAUGGUGCAUCGUGGGAAAGAAGCAGAUGUGCCCGUACUGCAAAGAGAAGGUGGAUCUGAAGAGGAUGUUCAGUAACCCCUGGGAGAGGCCACAUGUCAUGUAUGGACAACUUUUAGACUGGCUUCGCUACCUGGUUGCCUGGCAGCCCGUCAUUAUUGGAUUUGUUCAAGGCAUCAACUACAUCCUGGGUCUGGAGUGACCUGGGACUGGCAGCAAUGGACACAAACGCCAAGCAACGCCAUACGGAGUCGAUAUGCACUGGCUCAAAGGACUGAGGGCCUUACAUUGAACUGAAACACCAACAAAAAAAAGUGUCUAUACUUUUGUACAUAUUUAUAGGCACACAUCUGUAUUCACGGUUGAUUUGAAUUUUAUUAGUAUUUUGGAUGUCUGCUACACAACAUUGCUACACAAUGUUACAUCCUAUUAAUCCGUUUGUGUACUUUUUUGGCCUAGUAAAGCGGUUGUCAAAAAUCAUUAGAGAGGUGCUUUUUACUAAUUUAUGUCUUAAAUGUUGUUGAUACUUAAUUAAAAGAUCUUGCUGGAGUUUUUGAUCCUCAUGUCUGAUGGCUGUCAAACAUGAGUAAUAAAUAUUGACUGAAA